UCGCCUUCUUGGCUGCAAGAUGGAAGACCAGGAGCCGACCUGGCAGAAGGGAGGGCUGGAUGCAUCUGAGGCCCUGUCCUGCCCGGACAAUGAGGCCUCUACCCCAGGCUGCACACUGGGGGCCCUGUACUGGGCCUGUGUCCGCAAUGACCCUGCCCAGCUGCAAGCCAUGCUGGAAGAUGGGGUCUCCCCAGAGGAAGCCACCCAGGUGGACGGCAACGGGAGGACAGGCCUCAUGGUCGCCUGCUACCAUGGUUUCCAAAGUGUGGUGGCCCUGCUCAGCCGCUGUCCUUUCCUGGAUGUGAACCAGCAGGACAAAGAAGGGGACACAGCCCUCAUGCUGGCUGCCCAAGCAGGCCACGUGUCUCUGGUGAGUCACCUGAUCAACUACUAUGCAGGCCUUGACCUGGAGCGCCGGGACCAGCGGGGACUGACCGCGCUGAUGAAGGCUGCCAUGCGGGAUCGCUCAGAAUGUGUCGCUGCCCUCCUCAUGGCAGGUGCAUGGGGCCUGGACCAGGAUCUGUGGCCUUGAGUCCUUCCCCCAUCCCUCCCCACCAGCACUGUCUGCUAUCAUAGUUGCAAUGAGGAGAGAGAUGGAGAAGGAAGAUCAAUCCAGGCUGACCUCCUGGAGUGGGGGGGAGUGUGCUGGGGCUUCUGAUAAAGGGUCCAGCUAUUGA